AGCUGCUUUGGCUCGAGGUGUAAACGCAAGCACAACUCCAUAGCUCCUAGGGCUCAUCGGAGCACGAACCAGAGAGCUGGGUUCAGUCGGCGUUGCUGUCUUGCGAUAGCGACCCAAGAAACACUGAGCCUAACCGUAGAAACAGCAAGCAAAGCACUACAGGCUGUAAUAUGAGGGCAGCGCUCGCGCUCUUGGCGCUGGCCGUGCCGGCUGCUUGUUUCGUGUCGCCGCAGCGACGGCUGGCCGCGCGACCGCUCUUUGCCGAGGAAAAUGCUGAUUUUGAUCCCAAUGCGAAAGUGAGCCAGCUCGACGAGGUCCUCAUCCAGUGGGGGAUUAAAGAUGACCCGCGCGUCCCCGAGGAGUGCCGCGUCGACCCCAUGACGCGCAUCAAGGAGGCGGGCAAGGCCGGCGUCGCGGCCUACACUUUGACCGAAUUUGCGUUUUGGCUGGGGAGCGUGCCGCUGGCCAUCGCGCUUGUCGCGUACACGACCGGAAGUUUACCGGACUUCGCCACCACGGAGGGCAAGGAGGCCGUCGCGGGCUACGUCUUCGUCUUCAUCAACUUCGCGCGCGUCAUCGUGCCGCUGCGCAUCGCGUUAGCCUUGGCGCUCGCGCCGUGGUGCGAGCGGAACAUCAUCGAGAAGUUCUUCCCGGCGAAGGUGCCCGACGAGUGCGAGGUCUAG